CCUGGUUCUUGGUGCUUGGUUGCUUUACUAUUCCCCCCUUGCCUAGGUCACUCUGUUACCUCCAGUUCGUUCACAACCUCUCUCUCUGGUGGGAUUCCCCCUGUCUCUUUGGUGAGGUCCAGGAAUGAGACAUUCCCUUCGUCAUGGCCGACCCAUCCAUGUAUCAACAACAGCACUACCAGCAGGCCGGCACGCCUGCUGACGAUCCCUCCGACCCCAACCGUGUCGCCCAUCAGUUCCCUCCGCAAUACCCUCCUGCUGCUGGAUUUCCACCGGGUCCCUCGCCCCCUCAGCCGGGUGCCUUUUAUGGCCAGCAACCCGUUCCGAAUCAAUUCCCCGCCUACGGUUCCCCACAACACCCGAUGCAACCCCCUCCGCCAAAUCUAGCCCCGAGUCCCCAAUUUGCCUAUCAUGCCGAUCCCCAGGUGGCGGGGACACCGCCGGUAGAUCCCUCCAUGGCGGCACUGAACUCUCAAAUGAGUGGGUUGGGAAUCAUGGGAGGAGACGGAGGGGCAGCUCGUCCGGGGAGGAAGAAGCACCGCCACGCCCACCACGACAUCGGCACAGCACCGGGGGCAGCACCACCACAACCGUUCGCCCAAAUGCCUCAACCAGGCGUGGAGCCGGCAUCACAGUUCCUGAACACCGGACUGAACCAGGCCCAGCGUGGCGUCUCGCCCGCGCCAAUGGGCCAGGUCCCGGUUCCGCAGCCCGGCAUGCCUAUGGGUGUCUCCGGGGCGGUGCCGACCCAGGGCAAGAUUGACCCGGAACAGAUUCCCAGCGUACCUCGAUCGCGCGAUGCCCCGGCACAGUUCUACUUGGACCACGUGUACCCCACGAUGGAACGGCAUCUUCCCCCGCCCGCCGCGAUCCCCUUUAUCGCGCACGACCAAGGCAACUCGUCCCCGAAAUACGCCCGCCUGACCUUGAACAACAUCCCCUCUACCUCUGACUUCCUCUCUUCGACCGCCCUCCCGCUGGGCAUGGUCCUGCAGCCGCUAGCUCAGCUCGACUCGGGCGAGCAGCCCAUCCCGGUGCUGGAUUUCGGGGAUGUUGGCCCGCCUCGAUGCCGUCGAUGCCGUGCCUACAUCAAUCCAUUCAUGUCGUUCAGGUCGGGAGGCAAUAAGUUUGUCUGCAACAUGUGCACGUUCCCCAAUGAUGUGCCCAUGGAGUACUUUGCGCCUCUGGAUCCGUCCGGGACGCGCGUUGACCGCAUGCAGCGCCCUGAGCUGAUGAUGGGCACCGUCGAAUUCACGGUCCCGAGGGAGUACUGGAACAAGGAGCCCGUGGGGCUGCAGACGUUGUUUUUGAUUGAUGUUAGCCAGGAGUCGGUGAACCGCGGAUUCCUCAAGGGCGUGUGCAAGGGUAUCCUGAAUGCGCUCUACGACACGGCGGGGGCCACUGAGGAAGGCGAAGCGGCUGGCCGCCGGAUACCCGAAGGCGCCAAGAUCGGUAUCGUCACGUACGAUCGGGAAGUGCAGUUCUACAAUCUUAGUGCUCAACUUGAUCAGGCACAAAUGAUGGUCAUGACUGACCUGGAAGAGCCCUUUGUUCCUCUGAGUGAGGGCCUGUUCGUCGACCCUUACGAAUCCAAGGACGUCAUCGUUUCUCUCCUGAGCCGCAUCCCAUCCAUCUUCUCCCAGAUCAAGAACCCAGAGCCCGCGUUGCUGCCCGCAUUGAACGCGGCUCUGUCUGCCCUGCAGGCCACUGGCGGCAAGAUUAUUGGCACUAUCGCCAGCCUGCCGACUUGGGGCCCUGGGGCGCUGACCAUGCGUGAUGACCCCAAAAUUCACGGAACGGAUGCGGAGCGGAAGUUGUUUACGACAGAACACCCACAAUGGCGACAGACAGCUACAAAAAUGGCUGGUGCGGGGAUCGGCGUUGACAUGUUCGUGGCCGCCCCCGGCGGGAUGUACCUGGAUGUGGCUACGAUAGGCCACGUGCCCGAAGUCACCGGUGGAGAGACGUUCUUUUACCCGAACUGGCAUUCGCCGCGAGAUAUCCUGAAGCUGUCGAAGGAGUUGGCGCACGCAGCUACACGGGAGACAGGAUAUCAGGCAUUGAUGAAGGUGCGGUGCUCCAACGGCCUCCAAGUGUCGGCGUACCACGGAAAUUUCGUGCAGCACACAUUCGGAGCCGACCUGGAGAUCGGUGCCAUCGAUGCCGACAAGGCUAUCGGGGUCACGUUCAGCUACGACGGGAAGCUCGAUCCCAAGCUGGACGCGCAUUUCCAGGCCGCUCUCCUGUACACCUCAGCCGACGGCCAGCGCCGAGUCCGUUGUAUCAACUCGGUGGCGGCGGUCAACGAAGGGGGCCUGGAGACCAUGAAGUUCGUGGAUCAAGAUGCUAUAGUCAGCCUCAUUGCCAAAGAAGCGGCGGCCAAGACGUCGGACAAGACCCUGAAAGAUGUGCGGGCGAGCAUCACGGAGAAGACCGUUGACAUUUUCAGCGGAUACCGCAAGGUCUUCUCGGGGUCGCAUCCGCCGGGGCAAUUGGUGCUGCCCGAAAACCUCAAGGAAUACUCCAUGUUCAUGCUGAGCUUGCUGAAGUCGCGGGCAUUCAAGGGUGGUCAGGAAGCCCCCGACCGACGAGUACACGAAAUCCGGAUGCUACGGUCCAUCGGAUGCACGGAACUGUCGCUAUACCUCUACCCGCGGAUCAUGCCGAUCCACAACAUGGCGCCGGAGGACGGGUUCCCCAACGAGCAGGGCCACCUGCAAGUGCCCCCAACGCAGCGGGCCAGCUUCGCGCGGGUCGAGGAGGGCGGCGCUUACAUUGUCGACAACGGGCAGGUGUGCCUACUGUGGCUGCAUGGGCAGGUGUCGCCCAACCUGCUGGCAGACCUGUUCGGGCCAGAAUUCGACUCCCUGCAGGCACUGAAACCGCAGAUGUCGGCGCUCCCGAUCUUGGAGACACACCUCAACGCGCAGGUGCGCAACCUGCUACAGUAUCUAGAGACGGUGCGCGGGUCCAAGGCGGUGACGGUGCAGCUGGCGCGGCAGGGGCUCGACGGGGCGGAGUACGAGUUUGCGCGGAUGUUGGUGGAGGACCGAAACAACGAAGCCCAGAGCUACGUCGACUGGCUGGUGCACAUCCACCGCCAGAUCAACCUGGAGCUGGCCGGACACCGCAAGCGCGAAGAUGCCUCGUCCGAGGGGUCUAUCACAAGUUUGGCAGGGUUACGGGCGCCCUAUUGGUGAAUUCCUUUUUGACAUUUUCCAUAUCGAAUGGAUUACUAUUACUAUUACUAUUACAUUUGUAUACACAUUCAUGGAUGGCAUUUUUUACCCCCGCCCAUUUUGUUUUACUUUUUACAUUUCACAUUUCUUUGGCAUUUCUGUUUCAUUCAUGGGGAAGUCCAUGCAAGACUCACUCCAUUCCCCCGCCAAUAAUAUACCACGGUUGAUCAG